UCAGAUUGAAUCUUCUUCUUCUUCGGUGCUCUUUCAUCCUCAUGUUUUGUCUGCACAGCUUUAAAUAAUUAAACAUCCAGUAGGAGCUGUCUCAGAUGGAGGACCACAUGUUGUUGUUGUUACUGAUUACAGUUACUGCCUGCUCUGAAUGAUCUGUCUCCGUCCUGUAGUACCGAUCAUCCCAACAUUCCUCUAUGCCAUCGAGCAUCCGAGUCCAGAGCCACAGACCGCCCAGCCCUCCCUGCUCCCUCUGCGCGGCCUCGAUGCAUCACGUCUGGGCACUGCACCCUCACGGCCCCCCUCCUCCGCCUUCAGCCUCCAGACCUCCAGACGGACCUCCCAGCGCCUCCACCUGCCUCGGCCCAGUACCGGUGCACCGGUCCAGGUUACAGGGCCGACCCUAUCAGCUCUGGUGUCCCUGUUUGAUAACUCGACCUUCAGCCUGACUGACGCGAGCGCCGGCACCGAACCGGCGGACCGGACCUCAGUGACCGCGGAUGUGCAGGGCAACGAGACCGAAGGCUCUUCCUGUCUUCAGGACAGUUUGUUUCUGGAAGAAGAAAAUGUUCGAGUUGGUUUGUUGUUUGCUUCUAAAGCUAUCAUCCAGCUGCUCGUCAACCCCUUCGUUGGUCCACUGACUAACAGGAUCGGGUAUCACAUCCCCAUGUUUGCUGGUUUCAUCAUCAUGUUUGUGUCAACCAUCAUGUUUGCCUUCUCAGGGACGUACGCUCUGCUGUUCGUCGCUCGCUCUCUGCAGGGGAUCGGCUCGUCCUUCUCUUCAGUGGCAGGUCUGGGCAUGCUGGCCAGCGUGUACACGGAUGAUGAGGAGAGAGGCAUCGCGAUGGGCGUGGCACUGGGAGGACUGGCUAUGGGAGUCCUGAUCGGAGCGCCUUUCGGCAGCGUGAUGUAUGACUUUGUGGGGAAGAGCGCCCCCUUCCUGAUCCUGGCCUUCCUGGCUGUGUUCGAUGGAGCGUUGCAGUUGUGCAUCCUGCAGCCUUCAAAGAUCUCUCCUGGGAGUGUGGAGGGAACGCCGUUACUCACCCUGCUGAAGGAUCCGUACAUCCUCGUCAGUGCAGGGUCUCUGUGCUUCGCCAACAUGGGCGUGGCCAUCCUGGAGCCCACUCUGCCCAUCUGGAUGAUGCAGACGAUGUGCUCCCCGAAAUGGCAGCUGGGUAUUGCCUUCCUCCCUGCCAGCGUGUCCUACCUGAUAGGAACAAACCUGUUUGGUGUUCUGGCCAAUAAGAUGGGACGGUGGCUGUGCUCCAUGCUAGGGAUGUUUAUCGUUGGCAUCAGUCUGCUGUGUGUUCCCUUUGCCACCAGUAUCUACGGCCUGAUUGGACCAAACGGCGGUCUGGGAUUCGCGAUAGGUAUGGUGGACUCCUCCAUGAUGGCCAUUAUGGGCUACCUGGUUGAUAUCCGCCACGCCUCCGUCUACGGCAGCGUCUACGCCAUCGCUGACGUGGCGCUGUGCAUGGGCUUCGCCAUAGGGCCAUCCACAGGUGGCGCUCUGGUCCAGGCCGUGGGCUUUCCCUGUCUCAUGGUGUUCAUCGGGGUCAUCAACAUCCUGUACGCGCCGCUCUGCUUCCUGUUACGUAACCCUGCUGUCCGAGAAGAGAAAAUGGCGAUCAUUGAUCAGGAGUGUGUGAUGCACAGGAAAAGCUACAACACAGAGAGCCGUGAGUUUCCUCUGAGCGACUACAGCGAGGAGGAGGAGACGGAGGAGUGAUGCGCACAAGCUCGCCAAAACGUCCACAUCGUUAUACGCCACCUUCGUGUCACCUUUGCACUUCCUGAUCAUCAUUUAGUUGGUUUAGUUCAUCAGUGAUGUUUAGUUUAACUCUGACUCAUGCUAAGCUACUGUGAGCGAUCAGAAUCAGCCGAUGGUGGUUGAAGCGAUCUGGAUGUGAAUUUCAGAAUCUGUGUGUGCUGUUCUUGUGUUUCCUCCCACCUGCAGUCAAAGUGUUGAAACUGUACCUGUGUCUGACCUCUGACCUGUGUCACCAUUAAAAGCUGCCCUAACCUGGAGAGCAGCUGCUCACCUGUGUGUGCUUACCUGUCCAUCACAGUGUCAGGCUCACAGAACUCUGUGUGUGUUUUCAUGCUUAUCUUUCAUUUCCUGACUUCUUGUUGCUCCUGAAAGGAACGCGGCGCUCCAUCAGCUGGAAAGGCAAACAGGAAGUGUCUGUGCAGCUCUCAGCAGUUCACACGCAGCAGCGUUAUCAGUGACAGCUCAGAUGUUUUGUAGUUCAGGCAGGAGGACAUGCUGUCACUGUAAGCUGCUGACUCGGGUUCAGGACGUGUGUGGACCUCGAAGCCAAAGGUGAGGUCGGCCUGCUCGCUCCACCUUUUACCUGAAAUCAUCUCCACAGCUUCACUCUGACACGCUAAGCCUCAACGUUUCCUCACAUUUCAACUCAAAUCAGUGAAAGGAAGAAUAAUGUGUGAAGAGACGCCUCACUGCGUUACACUGCGCCCUCACAGGCUUGUGUGUGUGUAAUUACAUGCUGCCACAGCAGAUCACAGCUGCUUCAAAACAUUUCCUCCUGCUUUGAAAUCUGAAUAAACUCAUGCAGAGCUGAUCCCUGUGUGUGUGCGCUCAUCAAAGGCGUGUUUGACUCUGUUUCUGAUGUGGUCGUGCGUGUGUAAACAGGCAGGAAGUGCUUCACCUCGGUGUCUCUGACCCUGAUUGAUGGUAAAUAACAGAAGAAAACAUUUCAAAUGUGCUGCUAAUGUCCCCACAAACACGCCGCGGCGUGCGCGGGUCUCUGGUCGUCCCUCGUGCGCUGACAUGCUUCCUCAGAGUGAAGCGUGAGCUCACUGUGCAGUUAUCUGAAACCUUUAAUGACACUUCAGCUCGUUUAAUGCGAUGUUUCUGAUGUUUCAUUGAAACUAAUCUGACAUCUCAUUAAGCACUUUAGCUUUUCCGGGCCCGCGUACGCUUCCAGCUUUCCCACCUAUGAUUGUCAUCACAGCUCAAUCAGCCAAUAAACAUUUAUUCCCUGUGAAUGAACGACGGUAACUCCACACCGAGAUCUGACUCCAGCAGGCCGUGGGCAGAGAGGUGUGUCCCAACCAGCAGCUCUGUUUUCCCCAUGUCCACACUCACAUGACGCCUGAAGCUGGAAGCUGAGCAGAUCUCAUGUGACAGCUCAGGUCAGCUGAUCCAGUUACCUUCCUUUUACAAUCAUCAGUUUCUACACAUCUCACACCUCCAGUAAAAUAUGAACUCUGUAUUUAUUUUGUUGUGAAGUUUAGAUGUUCUCCUCGUGUCUGGGUGGGCUCUCCAGCUUUCCAAACAGGUGUGUGUGUGUGUGCCUAGAUUUAAAUAGUGCUAAUAAAAACAAAUAAAAGCAAAGCAAAUAUUUCUUACAUCUUGAAUAACAGCGUGUACAGCAGGACAUUCCUUUUUUUAAUAUUCAUAACAAAAUUAUUUAGUUUGAAUGAGCAGGGUCACAGCGAGGGAAACAUAAAAAUGCGAUAUAAUAAGGUGCAAACAGACAUUCAACAAUAAAGUUUGAGUUUCUAACAAGCCUGAAAGUGAA